AGUUUGUCCCUUGAUCAAACCGGAAGUUGUUUUUUGUUGCGAUUUCGCAAAAUAUUCGCUUUAUUAAAUCAAAAUGCCUUACGCCAACCAACCGACAGUCCAAAUCACACAGGUUUCGGAUGAAAACAUUAAGUUCAUUCUUGAGGAUACUGAUUUGAGUGUGGCAAAUGCUUUGAGAAGAGUAUGUAUUGCAGAGGUUCCAACAAUGGGUAUGUUUUAUCUUUUAAGGUCUAAAAUAUUUAAGGUAUGUACUGGGGCACUAGACAGAAGGACAUAUGGGGAUAAUGUACUCAUGAGUAUACUCUCACACGCCCGGCAACUGUCGUCACUUCAAAAAUUGUGGUGUACGGAUUGUACAUGUGAAGAGUUUUGUCCAGAUUGUUCGGUGGAGUUUACUCUCGAUGUAAAAUGUCAGGACGAUACAACACGUCAUGUGACCAGUGCUGACCUCAUCUCCAGUAAUCCUAAAAUAGUUCCUGUUACAUCAAGGAAUCGUGAAGAUGCAAAUGAAUAUGAAGAUACAGAUGAUAUACUUAUUGUGAAGUUGAGAAAGGGUCAAGAACUGAAGAUAAAAGCUUUUGCAAGGAAAGGGUUUGCAAAGGAGCAUGCCAAAUGGAACCCAACAUGUGGUGUAGCCUUCGAGUAUGACCCUGACAAUGCCCUACGCCACACAACAUACCCUAUACCAGAAGAAUGGCCGAAGAGUGAAUUCACUGAAAUUGAUGAGGACGAACAUCAAGCACCAUUUGACCCGACCGGUUUUCCCAACAAGUACUACUACAACAUCGAAUCCUGCGGAUCUUUAAAACCGGAGAAUAUUUUAUUUUCCGGUCUCUCAAACCUGAAGAAUAAACUAAGUAAUUUACAGACUCAGCUUAGUCAUGAGAUACAAAGUGACGUUCUUGCUGUUUGACAUUUUCACGCCUGGAGUUAAGUUCUCGACUUUUGCUCGUACUUAUUUCUCAAAGGACGCAGUACAAACAUUGUUGUUUUAUAAAGGAAACAAGUGACACAAUCUGUUAAUACACUCAUUGCAAAUAUGUGUGAAUUUAUAUUGAGUGAAUUUAUAUUGAAAUCUACGAAACAGUCAAAGAAUAAGGACUAAAAGAAAUCAAUAUAAAGGCUAAUUUUGUUCCAAAAUGACCAAGGACUUGCUGUUUUCCAAAUCAAUGUUUGUGUUGCAUUGUCUGUACUGUAAAGAAACCUUUUUAUGUUGCGUUUUAUUUUCCUACUAUUUUCCUGUUUAUGUUGGAUGAGUCAUUUUGAGAAAUUGAAACUGUAAUCAUAGUACAUCUAGAUUGUUUUGUAAAAUUGGUUGACUUUUGAUUAACAGUUACAAUAUUGGUUUUCUUUGUUGUAAUGAAUGGGGAAAUGUUUUUCUUUGAGUUGAUAUUGGAUUACUCAAUAUGGAUGUAGGAUGUUUACUAAAAAGUGAAUAAUAGUCACCAUUUAAUUUGUUGAUAUCAAAAUAAAUACAGAAAUUUGAAGCUGUAUAUUCUUAGAUUAAAAUAAAAAUGAUUGUUUUGCAUUCUUUUUUAAAAACAAAAUAUUACAAAGGAAAAAGUUUUUAUUAAAGUACAAGGUACAUUUCUAUUUUAGAAAAUUUAUUAUUAGUUAUAAUGUGGCAAUAUUUUUUUUGAUAAACUUUCUCAAGAUUUUUACUCUGCUCAUUCCAUCAUUCAUUACAAACCAAAUCAGUUUUCAUCUUUGCCUUUAUACAAAUACCCAACUAAACGUUUUGCUUAAUUUUUUUUUCACUUUUAGCCAUUAACAUGCCUCCGGAUAAAUUAAAAUAUUUCAAGAAAAUCAAACUUGAGAAAAAUGUACUAAGA